AUGAAAUCCUUCAUCCUCUUUGCUCUGUUCGUGGCCGCGGCCGUCGCCGCCCCUCUCGACUCCAAGGAUGCCACCAUCGUCACAGAUGAAUCCAACAACAUCGGUGUUGGACCAUAUUUCUACCGCUAUGAAACCAGCGACGGCAAAUCCGCUUCCGAGGAGGGUGACCUGACGAAUGGCCCAGAGGGAGAAGCGCUCGCUGUCCGCGGCCAGUUCUCCUACCCAGGCCCCGACGGCGUCCUUUACACCGUCACCUACACCGCCGGCGUGAAUGGAUUCGUUGCGGAAGGUGCCCACCUCCCCAAGGCC